UCAGUACCACUGCAGGCUUCACGGAGACAGGCUGGUGGUUGACACAGUCCUAGGCAGAGGGAGCCGGUGGAGAGGUAGGGAGGGAGUGAAUAAAGUGGAUCUCAGCCUGUGUAUUUCGCAGGAGGCUAUUAACCAGUUCUGCCAGUGCCCUCUUCCUAAGCAUCAGCUGAAUUAAAACAAAGAGCAUUAUGCUGCAGUGCCAGGGAACAGAAGUUCCUGCUUGAUUCGUGCUUUUGUUCCUGCCUCUCCUUCCUGCUACAGCAUCCGGAUAAAGAGGUGACGUGUUUUGAUAUCUACACCUAUUUAGAGCUCUACGCUUCUGUAUAAAGGAGAACACCGACUGUGGCAGGGGAUUUGUGGUUGGAAGAAGCAUGACGGAUAACAGGCAGGAUGAGCCCAAACCAUCCCACUGGGCACCAGGGCAGCUCACUGAGGCCUCUUCUCUUCCUCACGCCACAGACAUGAAGGAACAAGGGGGAGCAGGAGAUGGUAUAGUCCACAGUUCAAAUGGUAUUCCCUUCCGAGAGGAAAGUGGAUAUGGGGAGCGGGCUCUCCAGGACUCCCAUCCCACAAGCAAGGAGAAUGGCAUCAACGGAGAAAUGCUAUCUGCAGAUUCAGAAACAGCAGAGGAGGUAUCUGCACGAAUAGUCCAAGUAGUAACUGCUGAUGCUGUAGCGGUCCUAAGAGGUGAACAGGAGAAAGAAGUCCAGCUCAAGGGCCCUCCGGGAGAUCUGCCUUUAGUUGUAGAAGAUACAACCAAUCUGCCUCCUUCUCCUCCUCCUUCACCGGCUUCAGAACAGAUGGGAAUGGUGGAGGAAGAAGAGAGAGUUAAGGGUCCUCUGACUGAGAAAGAAGACGAGAAAUCUCAGGGGGGAGAAAACAGGCCAACUGAGUCCUCCAACUUGGGGCUCAGCCAGGUCCAAUCAGAUUCAGGAUCUGAUGACACACAACACCAAGAGGAAAGUGUUGUAUGCGAAAUAGCAGAUGGAAAAAGCAUUACAAAAAGUGAAGCAGAGUCCUCUGCUGUUGUAAUGCCUUCCUUAUCAGAGGAAGAUUUGCUUUCAGCCUCGAAGAUGGGGGCACAAGGACAUACAGAUUCUGUUCCUUCCUCCGUGGAAGUUGUUGAAGAUUUUCCAUCUACUAAGAGCAAGACUGAGGAAGAACCAAAGCAAGAUAUCCUGGCAUCACAAGUCCCUGAGAAAGAUGUAAAGAAACCAGAGAAGGAAGAUGACAAAUUACCUACAGCAUUAGAAAUGCCCAGCAUUGAUACAGUGUUUGAGGCUCCACAUGGUUACUCGUUUUCUAUAGAACCAUGCACCCCUACAUCUCCUGAAGCUGAACAAGACUUUAUGAAAGCUGAAACUGAAAGCAAAGAUAACCUUUCAACAUCCCCAACAAGCAAUGUGAAGGAAAACAUGUUCUCUAGUUUCCCUUCAAGUGAAAGUUCUGUACCACUUUCGACUGUACAGGAUAGAGGGCUGGUUGUCAAAGAUGAACUUUCUUUACAUACCUCAAUGCCAAUGCUUGUCACAGAUUCAUUUGAGAAAGAUGUUACAGAUAAGACAGAUUUUCCACAAAUUGCCAAAGAUAGUGCCAUUGAAAGUUUUCACAGUCAGCUGGCUCAGCCAGAGGCAGAAACCAUUAGCAUAUUAAGUGCACAGAUGAAAGAUGAGACACCUAGUUCAAUGACAUCAAGUGACGUGUCUAGUAAAGUUUCUGACAAACAACUUGAUGAAAAAGAGGAUGUUCACACCAAGCCUGGUGAAACAAUAGGUGAAAUGGACAUUUUGCCAAAACAAGAUGAAACUUUCAGUGGCAAAGCUACUGAUAAUGAAAAGCAAAUUAAAGAUAAACAGGUAGACACAUCAGCAGUAGACACUUUUGAGAUUCAAGUUGGAAAAGAAAUUAUGUUGGAAUCUCCUAAAGAAAAAUCAUUACCAGAAUCUAAGGACGAUAGUAAAAAUGUAGCCGAGCAUAAAAUAAAGCUGGAAGAGGAUAAGUCUGGAAUGUCCACAUAUUUUGAAACAUCUGCUCUGAAAGAAGAAGCUUUAGGAGGUAGUGCUCAACAAAGUAGUGAUUACUAUGAGUUGACGGAUGUCAAAGAACCCCCUUAUGAAGCUGCUUCCAUCCCACAUAUAGCUAAAGAUGAAGAUGAAGAGGAGAAUGACUUAGCCCCAGUGGUUGAAAAAAAGGUCCGUGCGACUCAUGAAGUAGGUUAUAGCACUCUUACAUCUGGAAUGAUGCAUGCAAAUGUAUCUUCCGGGGAUCGCUUGUUCACAAUUGAUCCAAAUAUCUAUGCGGACAAAUCAGAGUUCCUUAGUAAAAAUAAAGAUGAUCUGACUCUCAGUCGUAGUUUAGGACUUGGUGGAAGAUCUGCCAUUGAGCAAAGAAGUAUGUCUAUAAAUCUUCCAAUGUCCUGUCUUGACUCCAUAGCACUAGGAUUUAGCUAUGCUCGUGCCCAUGACCUUUCUCCUCUAGCAACUGAUAUUCUUUCUAAUACUAGUGGGAGCCUAGAUGAGGGAGAUGAAGACUUGCCAGCCACCACCCCAGCUAUUGAAAAAACUCCUUCAUUCCCGGAAGAAGUAGAGCAGGAAGAAAAGGACGAGGAAGAGCAUAAACAAGAAACAGAAAAAGAUACAGGGAAAGAAAGGUUUGAGUUGGAACCAUUAUGUGAGUCUCAGUAUCCAGCUAAAGAUUAUUACAAGAAUGGUACUAUCAUGGCACCAGACUUGCCAGAAAUGCUAGAUUUAACUAAACCUCGAUCCAGGCUAGAUUCAGGUAGUGCAGAGGUAGAUGUUGCUAGAAGAAAGUCUGGAGCUUCUGACAUCAUUAUUGAUGAAGGAAGUGUACUCCAGCAAGCAUCUUUAAUUGAAGGAAGCAGCCUUCUUGUAAAGACAGAUAGCCAGCAGGAAGAACUAGGCUACUGUGUGUUCAAUAAAUACACCGUCCCUCUUCCAUCUCCAGUACAAGACAGUGAAAGUAUGAGUGGGGGAAUGUCUACCCUUUAUGAAGGUCUUGCUGUAGACCCAUCCAUUAUUCAGGUUAAACUGGCAGCAGCAGAAAAACUUGGAAUAGAAAUGCAGGAAUCCAGCAGUGAGUCAUUGGGGUGGGAGUCAGAGCAGGAUAUAAAGUUUGGUGAGACAAAACUUGAUACUGUCUUAGAAAAAGGAGAGGAUUUGACUGAGUUAAAGGAAUCAUUAGGAACAACAGAGAUUACAGACAAAGUAGAAAGCACAGAGCCUUGCUUGAAAGACAAAGAAACCCCAGAGAUGAAGAAUGAAAUAGAUAAGAUAUCUGUUAAGGACUCCAAACCUGAAGAAAGUGAAACAACCCCUGACUCUGUCCCUGAGAAGACUAUGACAGAGUCAUCCGAACAAGUCAAGCUAUCUACAGAAGAAACACUCAGUCAAGAAGUUACUGAACCUUCUGAGUUGCAGGCUCAAGAAGAUAAGAAAGAAGCAGUUACUGAACCCCAAGUUACUGCAGAAGAUUCCAUCAUAGUUAAAGUAAUUUCUGAUGAAGAUGCAGCCACUCUGAAACUUUCUGAACUAGAUUUGAAGGAGAAAGGUGUAAAGCCUGAUUUAGUACAUCAAGAGGCAGUUGACAAAGAAGAGUCUUAUGAAUCUAGUGGGGAACCAGAACAAGUCCAAGAGCCACCACAAGAAGGCUCCCAGAGUGCAUCACCUGUAGAUACUCAAAAAACAGAUAUUGAAGAUAGCACUAUGCAGAUCACACAAGAACCAGUGGAGACACCUGUAUCUCUUACACAGGAGAUAAAGCAUGAGGAGCCACAGGAAGCAAAGGAAGAAAAGGUGGAGGAACCUCAUUUAGAGCAAACAGAGACAGUAGAAAAAACUGAAGAAAUUUAUCAAAAGAUAAUACAACCUGUGGAUGAACAAUCUGAUAAAGAGAUACAUGAGUUAGAGGUAACAGAGGAAAGUAGUAAAGACCUAACACAAGAAUUGCCAGAGGAAGCUGAGUUAGAGAUUGUUGAUAAAGAACCAGUUAAGGACCACGCAGAAGAAAUUAAAGGAAUUAUUGAGUCUGUGGUAACAGUGGAAGAUGACUUUAUUAAGGUAGAGCAAACUAUGGAUGAAGGUGAAUCUGUGGCUCACAAUGUCCGCUUUGCAGCAACUAAACCUGCUGAACUAGAUGAGAAGCCCUUAACAGAAGAAGAAGAGGAGGAGCAGGAAGAGGAGGAGGAGGAGGAAGUAAUAGAAGAAGAAUCCACUGAAGAGCCCAAAGAAGGAUCACCUUGUAUGCCAGCUUCUCCAGAAAGGGAGGAAACAGAAUACAAGACAGAAACACAGGAUGAUUACAGAGAUGAAACAACCAUUGAUGAUUCUGUUCUGGAUACAGAUAGCAUUUGGGUGGACACACAAGAUGAUGAUGGAAGUAUCAUGACUGAAGCAAUAGAGCCAAUUCCAAAGGAGGACAAGAUAGAGCGAGAAGUACAGAAGGCUCCCAUUGAAAGACAUAGAAAAGAUAAGCCAAUCAAAACUGGCCGGGGUCGAAUUUCUACUCCAGAAAGAAAAAUUACUAAAAAGGAACCCUGCAUAACCUCCAGAGAUGAAGUGAGAAGGAAAAAAGCAGUUCUUAAGAAAGCUGAAAUUGGUAAAAAAUCUGAAGUUCAGACCCACUCUCCCUCCAGGAAAGUAAUUUUAAAACCUGCGGUCAAGCAGUCUAGACCGGCCCAUCAGGCCUGCGUGAGGAGAAAGCCGGCAGGUGACCGCUCUGUUCAGUUUUUUGCAAAUGUGGCUGGCAAACAUGAUUUUGGGGGAGAUUCUCAGCAAAUGUCAAGUGCCCUUCGGCAAACCAAGGACAGAAGCACUGAUGGGGUGAUUAAAAGUCCGGAAAAACGCUCAUCGUUGCCCAGACCUUCUUCUCUUCAUCCCACCAGGAAGAUCAUCCCUAUAGAUAAGGAAGAGAACUCUAUAUCCACCAGCACUUCGGUGUCUUCUUCAGUGAGACGCACCACCAGAUCUGAGCCAAUCUGGAGUCGAACAGGAAAGAGUGGAACAUCUACACCAACCACACCUGGAUCUACAGCUAUUACUCCAGGAACACCACCAAGCUAUGCUUCAAGAACUCCAGGCACACCAGGAACACCAAGUUAUUCACGCACACCACGCACUCCAGGAACUCCAAAAUCUGCCAUGUACGUUCAUUCAGAUAAGAAAGUGGCUAUUCUUCGAACACCUCCCAAAUCCCCAGCCACAUUGAAACAAAUGCGUGUAAUGAACCUGCCACUACCUGACCUGAAGAAUAUCAAGUCUAAGAUUGGAUCCACAGACAACAUUAGGUAUCAGCCUAAAGGAGGACAGGUUAAGAUCUUAAGUGAGAAGAUUGAUUUUAGUGCUACUCAAUCUCGUUGUGGCUCCAAGGAUAACAUCAGUCAUAGUGCUGGGGGAGGUCAAAUCCACAUUGUAACUAAGAAGAUUGACCUUAGCCAUAUCACAUCCAAGUGUGGAUCUCUAAGGAACAUACGCCACAGGCCAGGUGGUGGAAACGUGAGGAUUGAGAGUGUUAAACUAGACUUCAAGGAGAAGGCCCAGGCAAAGAUUGGCUCUCUAGAUAAUGCCCAUCAUAUUCCCGGAGGGGGCAAUAUAAAGAUAGACAGCCAGAAACUGAAUUUCCGUGACGCGGCAAAGGCCCGUGUAGAUCAUGGAGCUGAUAUUAUCACACAAUCUCCAGGAAGGUCCAGUGUGGCUUCUCCACGGCGUCUCAGCAAUGUGUCAUCCUCUGGAAGCAUCAAUCUGCUAGAAUCCCCACAGCUUGCUACUCUAGCAGAAGAUGUUACCGCAGCCCUGGCCAAACAGGGCUUAUGAAUGUGUCCUACCUUUAGCAGUGUAUGAAGUUAAUAUUAAGUAAUAUUAAUAACAAAAAUAUUUACGCAUGAGCUCUUGGCAGGAUUUGGGCUCAAAGCAGGUGUCACAUUCAUUAUUUAUCCUUCAACACAAAAGAAGCAAAUAUCAAAAUAUCACUUCAUGCCAAACCUAUACACUUGUAGGUUCUUUCAUUGUAUACAUGAUUUUCCGCAUGAAGAUACCAGAUGUACCCAUUAUAUUACAGACAGCAAGUGAUGAUCUUAGGAUAACUGUAGACAGGUAGGUCUGGUCAUACUUCAUCACUGUACACUGGAAUUUGAAGACCAAACGUCACAUAUGAUAUUCUCAAAGCAUCACCCAAGUUGUUAUCACUGCUCUUAACUAGUCUUGCAUGGAGCCCUGAAAUACUCGGUGUAAUUUCAACAUGUGCCUGCCAGCCACCCAAACAAAGUUUGCGUAAGAGCCAUGUCCAGUCAGAGCAGUUGCUCAUCUUCUUGUUCAGUUCAAACAGUGGUUAAGCUCUUUGUUCCAUCAGAUUCCCAGUCCCCAUAGGCUAAUAAACCCAUUGAAGCUUUGUGCUGUGUCAGAGACCAAGCAAGGUGUGUUUAAGAGAAGAAGGCAAACACCAAUUUUGACGUUAAAAGAAAAUCUUGUUAGCAAGCAGUUGGUCGUGCCAUUUCAAUGGCAGAGGAAGCAGCCAAUUUGAGGAAGAUUAUGGGGAACACUGUUGUAAGGGAGCAGUAAAUAAAGCACUUGUUUUUUGACUAGUAUCUGUAUAUUUGAUGGUCUGUUAGCUACUAGAAUGCCUGCUUUGCUUUGUAACAUGGUGCAUUGCAGACUUUUCGAGCAGCUUAGGCCAUGAACAGAAAAUUUUAGCUUUGUGCAUAGGCAGACAUUUCCAACACCUUUUUUUCCACCUGUUUGAUACAGUAUUAUUAAUCUAGAUGUAUAUAUAUUUCUCUGUGGCCAUGUUUUCAUGCAUAUCCCCAAAACCCUUUUCAUAUACUUGAAGAUUCCAUUUCUUACUCACAGUAUCUGUGUCUGUUGCACCAUUUGGUAAAGCAGUUUUAGGUAGGCAUAAUUUAAUGUUAGGAAAGCUUCUCUUUUUUCCAAUGUAAAAAAUACACAAAGCUAGAAAAAAAAAUUAAGGAAACAACAACAUAUAUUUAAGACAAUAAAGACAAAAUGCAGAAAAGCUGUUAAGCAUGAUGUUGUUCUCAUUUGGGCUCUUAAGAAGCAUUGGCUGUCUUAGAAUUCCUUUUUUGCUGGAAUGCUCCAAAAUGAGAGCGGUUUUGUCAAUGAUUUUGCUUUUCUCUUGCUCCUCAUUUCGAAAGGGCUGCCGUAUGCAUUGGUUUUUAAUCAUGAAGGUUCCUGUUUUCUUUUUCACUUAAAAAAACUCAGUAGGAAGGCAUUGCAUGAUUUUGAUUUUCUGCUUGCUAAAGUUGAACAAAAGUACGGCUGAUGUAUUAAUUUUGGAUUGUGAGGUCUUUAGAGUUUCACAAUUUUUUAGUGCAGCCUAUUCGUUUUUUUCUAUAUUAUAGGUGGUGACCUGUCAGAAUGUAACCUCACUCAUUACUGAGGCUUUAAUAAGGGGGUAUGAGAACUAUAGAAUUGAUAGCCCCAAGUUCAAACACGUAUGUUAUAUCGGCAUAUAAUUUCCAAGGAAUAUGACUCUAUUUUACCACAGUUACCAAGAGUAAUUGGCUACUAUUUAAUUAUUUAUUCUGAUAGAAGCUGCUAUGUAAUUUAAACUGAUAAUCCAUAUCUACCAUCAGUAUUAUUUAAUGUACAUGGAAUGUUGGUAGGUAUCAGUUUGCCUAGCAGGCAGUCUUGCAAUAGUGUUGUAUAAAUUCAGAAUUGCUUUUUUUGUAAGCAGGUCCAGUUCUACUUGAGCUCUAUAUUCACAAUAAUAAUUUUUGAAGAUACUAGAUAGGAUGUCACCUAGAGAUUCUAAUAAAGUCUUAUUAAAACUUUAAAGUCAAAGUAAAGCAUUUAUUAGUAUUAAUCACGGAUGAAGCAGGUAAUUAUUUGUAGAAGAGAAAGCAGACAUUUGCCCAGGAAUCCUGAAAUUGUGAAUACGCAGUAACAUGUACUUUACCCCCUCUUAAAUUUACUCAGUGCUAUAAGCCUUGUCAAGAUAGACAAAUGGGUCUUUUAUGUUGGUAUUUCUGUCAGGAUGUCCACAUGGAUAUUUCACAAGUAGUUUACUUGUUCAAUAAUUUUUGUUAUAGAUGAGCAGCUGCUGGACUACUUUAGAAGUAGUGUAUAUCUCUAGUAGUGUGUACAGUGUAGACGAGUUGUACCAGUGCUCAGUGACCUGAGUCAGCUGCAGUCCUUGAGUGGUCUAGAGGUAGCUUGCCUGCAGCAAAUUUCAAAUAAAUGAACAAGUUGCAUAUUUAGAGUUAAAAAAAAACACAAUUUUACGAUGUUUAAUAAGACAAUUCCCAUAAUAUAAAACAGACAUUACAUCUCCUAAUGUAUUAUGGGUGAGCUAUAGGCCUCUGUACUAAUCUGUUCUAUCAUCAGUGCAAGAUAAAAAAAACAUCAGCAAUGUUUUAUCAUUUUACUAAUAACUAAACAUAACCAAGCUGAUUGCUCUUAAAUAGGCAUUACAUAUUAUUUGUGGCAUGUAUCUAGUCUGCAGCAGUCAACACUUUAUCAAAUACACUGAUACUGAACUAAGGAAGUCAUUAGGGCUACUUGGCUAGGCAACCUUGUAGAACUGAACUUUCUUCAGCGGUAUGCAGUGCUUGUGAAAGUGUUCUGUAUCAUCUUUAAAUGUAAAAAAUAAUAAUUAUGUAGCAUUUAAAAUGAAGUGCUAUGUAAGCGUUUCUACAACUUACGUACAAUUUCAUAGGGUUGGGUACAUUCUAGAGCAAUAUGUUCCCCAUUUGCUCAGAGAAAAAGGUGCUCAUGCUGACUGCUCCAGUCUUAUAAAUAUCCUGCAUGCGGUCAGCUUUUCUUGAUAUUUUGCAGGUGUUUUCUUUCACUGUACACUAAUUAAUUUGUAAGUGACCAUUAUAUGUGCUUUCCUACAGUCAAAUAGCUGAUGUUUUACAAGCCAUCUGAAUAUAGUACAGCUUGUACAGUGUCUGUUAAAAUAUCAAAUUUCUUAAAGCAAAACUUUGGCUAAAAGUAGAUUUCAUUUUGCAUAGUGUCAUUUGCAAGACAGUUUACCUGUUGGUCCGGCCAGUUCAACUGUAGAACCCUGACAUAAUUUUUUGGGUUGAUAACGCUGCUGUUGCUACUGCAGUAGAAUCACUGAUGCAUUGUCACUCUGCGCUUCCACAAUAGGACAUAGGGAAUGGGCAGGCUAUAAAGAAUUUUACUGCUGAAUGCCUGCCUUUGCCGUGCCUAUCAUCGGAAAGCCAUUCUGUCUUCUCCUGCAGCCUGUGUAACAGUGAAUUGUUUUUCACAGGCACAUUACUGUGGGGAAAUUCAAAUACCAGCUUGCCAGUCACAUGGGAGAGACAUGCAUAUCCUGCUUAUUCUCAGAUUUUCUAUUCUAAUGUAGAGAAAGAAGAUUUGACUUAAAAAAGAAGGUAAUUUUUGGGGGGAAUUUUAAAAAGUUGAUUGCCUGGAAAGGGCUUCAGUGACUGAAAUAGUAAAAAAGAGAUGGUCUAUAGAUGGACGCUAAUUUAUUUGGCUUUGAUGAGCUUUUUAAUCACAGAGUCUAACUUAAAAAAAUCCAAUACUUCCUACUGCAAGCAGAUCACAUUUCUGUUUGAAACCUAAACUUAAAGAUUAAAGUUAAAAUGAGCAACAUAUACAUUCCUUUCAGAAUUUUUUACCUUAAGCCCAGGCUUUUUUUGUUACCUAUACAUGACCACAUGUAUAUAAUAUAAAAAUGCAAAAGAACUGGACAGCUCUGUAUCUGACAGUCCCCUAGUUUUUCAAAAUUCAAAAGUGUUUGUAGCUACUGUGCUUUAGCAAAACCUAAAUACAGUUUUUUUAUAAUGACCAGCAGUAACUAGGUUAUCCAUAAUUCUGCAAUCUUAAGCAAAAACUCAAGUGAAAAUAUUUUGUAUGGAGAACAUUUCUUUAUAAUAAUUUUUGAAAAAGUCAGUGGUGUCAAUAGAUUUUAUCAUAGUGGGCAUCCAUAGUUCAGGAUUAGAAAUCUGAUACUUUUGGUAUCUGUCAGGUGACCUGCAUUGAUCAUGGGUAAUACUGUACACUUGUACUAUUACACUAACAUUAAUGCUUUAGUGGACGUAAAAAAUGUAGCUUCAGCCAUGCACAAACAUAAACCCAGAAUGCUUUAAAUGCCAGAAUAAUUAUUUGUCCCAGUCUGGCACUGGGCAUUACUAGUUAGCACUUUUUCCUAUUUACCUGAAAGCCUUGUUACUUAAGUUCCUGGCAAAAUGCUGGGUUUUAUGCAUUUGAUAUUGUAUACAUUAUGACCACAUACUACAGAUCUUAUACUACAACAGAAAUCCAUAACCAGGCAAAUGAAACAAUAACACACAUUAUUCAAGCAAACUUUUAAGUAAAGGGCUUGCACAAAACUAUGAUGAUUUUGAAAACUGAGAAACCCAAAGUAACCAACCAGAUAUAGUUUAUGGUAAUCACAACAGGCCCUUGUAUAUGUGUCCACAUUCAAAGCUUGGAUUAGAGUAGAGGUGUACUAUGGCUGCACAAUAAAAUGCAAUCAAAUUCUUAAUUUUUAUAUAGUCUUCACAUAUAAUAACUAUAUAAAAUCUGUUUAAACAUUUUCAAGGUAAUUUGCGUCAUCAAAGUGAACCGUCACGUUAAAAAUGUUCAACUUUAGCAAUGGAAAAGAAAAAACAGAGCAUUACUUCUGUGCUGAGCUGUGAGGGGUUUGAUUUGCGAAACCUGUGCAUUUCCCUGAGACCUUUGAAGCCUGUAAUAGGGAGGUGUUUAUUGAAUGGCUGGUGGUAGUUAGUUCAUGUUUUUCAAACCAAUUUGCAAUUGUAUUUGUUGCUGUAUAGUGAUUGUUUUGCAAAAUAAACCGCUUGUCAUGGUCUGUA